AUCGCCCGGCCGCCGCCGCCCUCGCCGAUCCCUGCAUGCCCGGCGCCCGGGUCGCGGCCCACCUGGACGCGCUGGGCCCCCUGGUCCCCUACGUGCCGCCGCCGCUGCUGCCCUCUAUGUUCUACGUGGGCCUGUUCUUCGUCAAUGUGCUGAUCCUCUACUACGCCUUCCUCAUGGAGUACAUCGUCCUCAACGUGGGCCUCGUCUUCCUGCCCGAGGACAUGGACCAGGCGCUGGUGGACCUUGGCGUGCUCUCCGACCCCGGUUCGGGCCUCUAUGAUGCCGACUGGGAGCUCGAAGUCUUCGAUGGGUACUUGGAGUAGGGUCUUAACUGCCGUUCCCUUCUCCCCCCUGCCAUCCGCAACCCUUGGCCUGGACCAGCCAUCCUCAUCAUGCCACUGCUGCUGGUUGGGGCACCUUCAGGACAGAGAUGGAACCCCAAGAUGAGGCCCUCCCCGGCCUUCUCCGAGGCCUGCCUGUUCCCCUGGAAAGCUGCGUGCCAACAGAGGUUCCCUUCCCGACCCAGGAGAAUGGAAAGAGAGACUGGGGCCGAGCCAAGGCUGGGAAGGCAUCUGCCCCGCAGAAGGGGUGCAUGAAGACCUCGCUUGUCCACCUGCACCACCGCACAGGCGGUCUGCCUGGGCUGAGGGCCGCACAGCCACGAUGGAUGUUUAUGGGCGCCCAGCCAGAGUUCGCCAUCCUGCACUUCACCCCGACUGCACCUGCUUCCCCCUCUUAACCUCUGAGAGGACACUUCAACCCGCGGACAAGCCAAAGUGACUCCCGGCUCCGUCUGAUGCCAGUUGAGCCUUAAGCCUGGUGGGGCUUAGCCUGAGGCCGGUCUGUUUCAGGGAGUGACUCAGAAGGAAAAGCAGCCCAGGAGCGUGUCGCGGAGGGCCGGCUCCAACUCACUGAUCUCAAGUUGUCUGCUCUUCCUCAGGUUGGCAGACUGACACCAAGCUGGAGGGGUGCCAUGUUGCUCCUCUGGCCAGAAGUUUUAUUGAAAAUGUGAGUGAUGUGAAUACUUGAUUUCGAUAAACCUGUAAAAGCAAUAUUUAGGAGGCUGACUUCUUUCAAUUAAAAGAAUGUAUACAAUUCCAA